AUGGCGUCACUUUUAUCUUACAUGGGAUGGGCUAUCCUUCCAAACGUGAGUCUUACAUUCCCGCCAGGUGUCCGUCUCUCGGAGACUGCUAUGCGACACCGAAAUGUGUCGCUGACAGGUCACCCUCGACAGUAUGCCACCUCAAUCGCACAAAGUGUUUACUAUGGCCUUACCAUUCGCGCUGGCGAACCUCGACCUCAGCCAGGCACUCCUCGUUACGCCCGGCACCGGCGCCGGAUCUUUGUCUUGGUCGUGACCAGCUACCUUCUCUAUACACUUUAUGAAACCUUCCACCGGGUGCAAAUCGCAGGCGAUUUCUACAAAGCUCUCGGUGUCUCGCCCCUGGCUGAUGAGCGAACGAUUAAAUUGCGCUUCCGCCGCCUAGCCGCCCAGCACCAUCCGGAUAAGAUCGCGUCGGGUGACGGGCUGCGCUCCGAUAAUUAUUUCGUUUAUCUAAAGUUGGCGCAAGAUACGUUAUUAGACCCAGUCCGUCGCUUUGCAUACGACCGGUUCGGACCGAGUAUGCUCGAAUGGGGGGAGAAGAAGACGAUGCAGGAGUACAUGUUUGCCGGACUGCAACGUUCUGUCCCGCAGUAUGUCGGGGGUCUGGUGACCAUUAUGAUUCUGCAUUUCACCUGGUGGUCGGAGUGGGGGCGCUAUUGGCGCUUUUUUACCUUUGCAGCUCUGGUGAGUCUCGAGUUGGCACUCAUGACACACCCUGGGGCCUUGUUCUUUCCCGCAUCCUAUUUGCCCGAUGCCGUUCAAGGUCUACUUGGAAUCUCCGCGAUGACAUCCGGGUUCUAUCUGCUACCAUUCCAAAUCCUCACACUGGCCCAGCGGGCUUCGGUGACGCUGCAUAUCUUCAUCUCGCAGGUCACUCCACCAGAAAUUGGUCGACGAGCCUCGUCUGGCGCGGAUGGGCAGCUGCACCCGCAGACAAUGCAACGGCUAGGACAGCUACUGCAGCUCUCGCGGGCAACUGAUGGCGAAGCGACCCAGCUAUUGCAGCUGGGAUUUGCGCCGUUCAAGGGUGACCGUGAAGGCGUGGCCACACUGCGUAAGGGGAUGAAGGAAGGCUUGGUGCUGAGUGGUGUGCGGGCUAGUCCGGGGGUGCAGCAGGCUGUGGCGGAGGUGACCCAGCGGAAGAAGCAGGGGAAAACAGAUUGA